CAUUGCACUCCCACCAAACUUUCUGAUUCACUGUCAAGUACACUGCAACACUACCAGAUACAAAGACAAACUCUUUCUUUUUAUCUGCAAUUGCAGAAACCGUUGAAACACACAAAAACGUAUCUUUUUCUUUCCUUACAGAGAGAGAACGGGGACACAUAAAUGCAGAGACACAACAAAGCUUGUGUGAGACAUGGCAUAUGUUGUUGAUCAUCUGCAAAUUAGGUUUUAAUCUGUUAAAGGCUUUCUGCUGAAAGCAUCACGAAAUAGUAUCGAAUCUGAGUUUGAGGGGAAUUGUUCUUCAAUCAUCAUUUCACUGUUAUGUGUUUAGUAUUUCCAUGGUUGACUGAAAGUUCUUAGUGGUAAUUCAAGGUUUCUUCCGAGAGUUUAUAGUCCCAAGUGAGCAUUCCUCUGAGUUUCAUGAUGUCCCCCAGCUCUAGAAUGGGAGAUGAACAGAUAUUUUGGCAGCGAUGGGAGUUUAGGAGGAAAGAUGAUGGCUUUGAUUCUUCUAGCGAUGAUUCAAAAUCAAAUUCCGUUGCUGAGCCUGUCCUCAAGGAGCAUAACCUGGCUUCUGGCUUUAUUUCUUUUGACAAUGAUGAAACUAGCAAUACUAGCAGACUUCAGCCAAACUUAAACAAUGAUUCUGGUUUUGAGGGUCAAUUUCAGUUUGAGAAAGCUGAAGAAAAGAAAAUCAAGAGGAGUAAAAAGAAUAAUGUAGCUAGUCGUGAAGUGAAGAAGGAUUCUCAUGAAGAAGUUCAUAGAAAGAAGAGUAAAACUAGUGCUUAUGACCACCUUGCUGCAACCAGCGAUGUUAAAAGUUUCACAGUCUCCUUAUUAGAGGAUCUUAGAGCAACCAGAGAAAAUUUGUUUACAUGGAUGAGGGAGGAGAUAAACAAAUUGGUAGCUGAUGAUACUGCUCCAAGGAAAAGGAGGAGAAAUGGUGCUUCUAGAGGGAAGAAAGUCCAAUCGCCGCAACAAAACAACACUGAGAACAUGAAAGUGCAACCCCAGAAAAACUUCAAGAAGAACCUGAAAUUCCAGAAACAAAAAACCAGUGGGGACAGUAUGCAAGAGCAACACCUGAACGGAAAUGGGGCAAUCAUCCACAUGCAACAACAGAACAACAUUGAGAAGGACACUGAAGUGGAGUGCCAAAACAACUUUGACAAAGGCAAUCAAAUGCAUCACCGAAAUAACAAAGACAAUCAGGUGCAGCAUCAAAAUAACUUCAAAUCUGGUAUGAGAGCUCCAAACUGCAAUGGCAGAUUUCUGGAGAGCUUUGUUAAAAGCACCAAAGCAGAUGACGCUAAUAAUCAAUGUCAAGCACUUGAUGAUCAGGUUGAUUAUGGCAAAGCUACCGAGUCCAUAACAUCAGUAGACAAAGAGAAAAAAGAGAGGUUAGCUUUAUCUUCUAACUCGAAGUUUCAGUCCAGUUCUUCUGACCAGAGGGUCACAGUGCAGCAUCCAAAGAGUGUUGUGUUGGCCAUAAGAGCUCAAAACUGCAAUGAUCGAUCUUCAAAGAGGUCUGUAGCAGGCAAAAAAAGAGCUGAUUCUAAUAAACUCUAUCAAGUGCCUGAAGAUAGAACUGGUUACAGCAGAUCUAUGGCAUCUUGCGAAAAGGACAGAGCAAAAAGGUUGAGAUUACCUGUUGAGCAAAAUUUUACACUCAACCCCUCUAAUCAUGUAGCUUCUUCAAUGUAUUUAACAUUACCUACAGUUUUCACUGAGCCGCCGGUCUUGAAUAGUAAGUUUGAUACCUCGUUGUGUAAUUUUAUUCAACCAAGAGUUGACGGAAACAAAACCACUGUGAAUUUGGAAAGAGCAAAUCAAGUGCUUGAUUCUAGCAAUCACUGUGGAUAUCUUCCAAGCAUUCAAAAAGACGAAAGAGGAGGUGAGUUUGCUCAAGUGGUUUCCAGAAAUAUGAGUACUUUUGAUCAGAAUGGCAUCCCAAGUUCAGGUACUGGAACUGGAUUCCCAGUCCCACUUCAUCAGAGUCUGGGUGAUGGUUUUAGCAGUCCAGGCCAGUUAUAUUUUGAAAAUCUUCGCCGACAGAAUUGCAACACAUUAGGUCUGAGAAUGAAUGGAGGAGCUACAACAUUUUCUGGGGAAAACUAUGCAUUAUCAGAUCACCUCCACAGCCAUCCAAAUCAUAAAGCUGAUUUUAGGUUUUUGCCAUAUCAAAUCCCAAGCACUAGAGAUGGUUAUGUAUUCCCAAAGUAGUUCAAAUGAGGUUGAAUAAUUAGGCAUGAACCAAGAUUCUAUACCAAACAUUUUCAUACAAAUAGUCUUAUGAUGCCUUGUUCUAAUACAAGGUUUUUCUUUUACUGUUGUUCCUGCGAUUCAAUGUUUAACAGUAAAAAGAGUUUUUGUGGGACUUGCACUAACACUUUAUUUUGAAGAGA